AUGGCUGGGAUUUCCCAGCUGAGGAUGAGUGUAGACUUUGGAAUCCGAAUGGCGGAUUGGGGAUUUGUUCGCCAGACAGGGUUCUUACUUCACCGGCAUUUUAGAAGUCACAUCCCACUGCUGUUAGCUACGCCUUGUGGUCGCCAAUUGGUCGUUGACCGACCUAUUGCUAAUGUAGUUCACAAGCGUAGGGUUCGACCUGCUACCUGGAACAUUGGCUCUUUAACAGGCAAGAGCAUGGAGCUGAUAGAUGUCAUGAGGGGAAGAAUGAUUAAUAUUAUAUGUAUUCAAGAGACAAGAUGGAAGGGUAAGAAAGGGAAGGCCUUAGAUGACUUCAAACUUUGGUACUUGGGAGAUCAUAGCCAUAGAGGUGGAGUGGGCAUUAUAGUGGAUAAAGACCUAAAGAAUGACCUGGUGGAUGUGAGGAGAGUGGGGGAUAUGAUCAUUGCAAUAAAGUUGAUGUUGGAGAAAGAGGUUGUCAAUAUAAUCAGUGCUUAUGCCCCCCAAGUAGGGCUGGAUGAAGUUAGUAAAGUACAAUUUUGGGAAGAUAUGGAUGGAUUAAUACAAAGCUCUCUCCAUGAUGAAAAGAUACCUCAGGAGGUGAUCUCAACAGACAUGUUGGGAAGGAUCGAUGAGGAUAUAAAGAUGUUCAUGGAGGAUUUUGUGCUGGGGAGAGGAACGAGGAGGAGAUUUCAGUUUUAA